AUGUCUCAACCCGAGUACUUGCCGUACGAAACCAAGGGCAUGCCGUUCAGGCUGCUCGGGAAUAGUGGUCUCCGUGUCCCAAUAUUUUCUCUUGGCGGAUGGGUGACGAUUGGUGGGUCCGUGAAAGGCGACCUAGUCAAGGACAUCAUGAAGACUGCCUGGGACAACGGCAUCAACAUGUUUGACUGCGCAGAGUCGUACGCCGGCGGACAGUCCGAGAUAGAGAUGGGGCGCGUGAUCAAGGAGCUGAACCUGCGCCGGUCCGACUUUAUCAUCACUACCAAGAUCUUCUGGGGAACCCGUCGCGGUCCCAACGACAUGGGUCUCUCUCGCAAGCACAUCAUCGAGGGAACGAAGGAAUCGCUGGCGCGCCUCCAGCUCGAUUACGUCGAUGUCGUUUUCGCCCACCGCGCAGACCACACGGUGCCGAUGGAAGAAGUCGUUCGUGCAUUCAACUGGGUCGUUGACAAGGGUUACGCUCUGUACUGGGCCACUUCCGAAUGGUCGUCGCAGGAGAUCGAAGAGGCGCACCAUAUCGCGACACGACUUAACCUCAUUGGACCCAUUGCCGAGCAGUGCUCCCACAGGCACGUAUCAUGCAUUCUUUGCCUCCUCAACAUGCUCCACCGUGAGCGCCCGGAGCGGGAAUAUGCCCCUCUGUACCGCAAGUACCAUCUCGGCACUACCGUCUUCUCUGCCCUUGCGCAAGGAAUUCUCACCGGGAAGUACAACGACGGUAUCCCACAGGGCUCUCGUCUGGAUAUAGAGCAGGAGGAGCAAUUCAAGGAAAAAGCGAAGUGGCUACAGUCUGCCGAAGGGCAGAAGCAGAUUGAAACGGUCAGGAAGUUGACCGCCUUUGCCGAGAGCGAGCUCAAGUGCAAGGUCUCCCACCUGGCGCUCGCGUGGAUCGCAGCCAACCCCCACACUUCCACUGUGAUCCUUGGCGCAUCGAAGCCCGAACAAGUCCUCGACAACCUCGAGGCUCUCAAGGUCAUUCCUCGGUUGACGCCCGAAGUCCUCGAGAAGAUCGAGAAGAUCCUCGACAACAAGCCUGCGGCUUGGCCCAUCUACGGUCGCCCGGCCCUGGACCCUAUUCAGAAGUGGCGUGAGAUCUGA